UUAAGUCGUGUUGUGAGGCUCCUGCUGUGAGGGAGAGCGGCAGGCAGUUGAGGGAAAGGAAUAUAAGUGACUUUUUUUAGUCUUUUUCUCUACAUAUCAUCCAUCAUGGCUCUUUUUAGAAAUGCAGCGGCGAGGUUUCUCAGUAUUCCGCAGAAAGCUAGUCCACUAGCUGCAGUGACCACCAAAGCUCAGUACUCUUCAGAGAGCACUGACCUGCGGGAGGUUAUGGCCCAGAAGGUGCCCAUCAUGCAGGAGAAGGUCAAGGCCUUCCGUAAGGAAUACGGCAGCACCAAGGUUGGGGAGAUCACCGUAGAUAUGAUGUAUGGUGGCAUGAGAGGCAUGAAGGGCCUGGUAACAGAGACUUCGGUGUUGGACCCAGAGGAAGGCAUCCGGUUCCGUGGAUACUCCAUUCCUGAGUGUCAGGAUGUCCUGCCAGCUGCCGAGGGGGGGACCGAGCCUCUGCCCGAGGGCCUAUUUUGGCUCCUUUGUACCGGAGACGUACCAACGAAGGCUCAGGUUGACACUCUGUCCAAGGAGUGGGCCAACCGUGCUGACCUGCCCCCACACGUGGUGAACAUGUUGAACAACUUUCCCUCAAACCUUCAUCCCAUGGCCCAAUUCUCUGCAGCUAUUACGGCGUUGAAUUCCGAAAGCAAAUUUGCCAAGGGAUACAGCGAAGGCGUGCCAAAGGCCAAAUACUGGGAGCUCUGCUUCGAAGACUCUCUUGAUUUGAUAUCCAAACUGCCCACGGUAGCUGCUACGAUUUACCGCAAUUUGUACCGAGAUGGAACAAGUAUCGGAGCCAUUGACCCAGCAAAAGACUGGUCCGCCAACUUCACCGCAAUGCUGGGCUAUGACGACCCUCAGUUCACCGAGCUGAUGCGUCUCUACCUCACAAUCCACAGCGACCACGAGGGAGGAAAUGUCUCUGCCCACGCCACUCAUCUAGUGGGGUCUGCUCUUUCUGACCCGUACCUCUCAUUUGCCGCUGGCAUGAAUGGCCUCGCUGGACCUCUCCAUGGUUUAGCUAACCAAGAGGUACUCCUGUGGGUCACCAAGCUUCGUGCUGAGAUCGGUGAUGAUGUCACGGAAGAUCAGUUGAAGGAGUUCAUCUGGAAGACCCUUAAAUCUGGCCAGGUUGUUCCAGGUUAUGGCCAUGCUGUUUUGCGAAAGACUGAUCCUCGUUACUCGUGCCAACGUGAAUUUGCCCUCAAGCAUCUUCCUGACGAUAAGCUGUUCAAACUUGUUGCCAAGUUGUACAAUGUUGUGCCUCCAAUCCUCACUGAACUUGGUAAGGUGCAGAACCCAUGGCCAAAUGUGGACGCUCACUCGGGCGUACUGCUCCAGUACUACGGCAUGAUGGAGAUGAACUACUACACAGUGCUUUUCGGAGUCUCUAGGGCCUUGGGCGUACUGUCGUCUCUGGUGUGGGACCGUGCUCUUGGGCUCCCCAUCGAGAGACCGAAGUCCAUGAGCACUGAAGGACUGCAGAAACUAGUCGGUGCCACAGCCGCCCAAGGAGCCUAAAGCAGCCGGCGACUCAGUCAGGAUUUUUACAAUUGCAUGUAAUUAACACAUUUUUGUAAAAUUAUUUCAUGUGAAUGGAUUAAUUUUAUUAGAACAGUGCAUUUUCUGAAAAUUCUGACUGCCUUUGGAGGGAUUGGUUUAAUUGUGAGAUGCGCAUGUCUGUGAACGUGUAUGUUACGAACCAGUUAUCUGUACCUAUAGUAAAUAUGUCCACGACCACCUUGCAUUUGCACCCUUGUGUUUUCCCAAAUUUUGAUGUGCUGGUUCAUAUUUCAGCAUUCAUAUUUUAACAAAAUUAUAACACUUUUUUUUAUAUAAGAAUGGAGGUAUUUUAAGAAAAUGUAUUUUUUGUAAGAAUUUUUUUUAAAAGUGAAGAAAUUGAAAAGUGUUAGCUAAGCUUGUGACUGACUCAUGGAAUGGCAGGGAUGAAUUGGAUGUGUGUUUGUGGUGAAUACACAAAGAUUAUUUACAUUAGCCUCUUCUCUAUUUAUUUAAUUCCUGCUUUUACCAUUAUUUAUUCUGUUUUGCCUAAUGUUAAAUCACCCUGAGAUACUUUCCUAUGUUUCAUUCCCUUUAAGUUGUUUAGUUGCAGUUGUGUCUUAAUGCACUACACUACCUUUCACUCUAUUUUAGUAUUAAACAUUGGUCAGUAGUCCUCUGACCUUCAUUAAUAAUAACAAACGCUCUACCAAAUCUGAUUUGACAAAUUUUUUGAUCACCUGUUGGAAUCCAAUGACUUUAAGUGUUUGUGAUAUUUUUCUUUUGUCAAAUCUUGUGUUCAGUGAAGCAAUAUAUAUAGGUUUGAUGCAGUAUGAUAGCAGUUGUUAAUAAUUAAAGUACCCUUUUUUAGGGUACAUCCUCCUGGGGUGACCACGAGAUGUAUUGUACAUAACAUUGUAUAUUAUGGUAGGUGCAAGGCAGAACAACUACCUGUUAUUGUAAGGAGUACAAAAAAUUAAAAAAAAUGUUUUAGUAAACAUAA